AUGGAUUUUGCCAAGCUGCUUCGUUUGGGCAUGGAGGAUGAUACAGUCAAAAUUAAAAAGGAAGACCUGCAGAUGCUGCAGGAGAUGUUCAAGGGGAGCGACUUCACCGCCUCGGUUUAUGCGACCGUGCUCAAGGAGAACCAGGGGAGCCUCGACUCAGCCGUUGAUACCCUCCUCAAUUUGGCCAACGACCCUCUUCUCGAUGAACGCAAGGAACAACAGGCGCCCCUCACCUCAAAGCCCAUCGCCAUCGACAUGAAGAAAGAGGCUUCGAUCGAGGAGCUUCUCGCCGACGAGCAGGUUAAAGGAGAUGACCAGCAACCAGAGGUGAUGCUGUCACCUCGCCAUGCCUUGCCCAUGACAGACCACCAGCUGGAGCAGGAAGACGCCAGGCUCCUCGAAGAGAUGCGACUACUCGAUGAGGAAAAGCGGGUUGGCCCUCAGCUGGGCUCCUCACCAGGCGCUGCCAUUUCGCCUCGCCUCCACCUCGUCGCCUCACCUGCCCACCUCUCCGCCUCGCCCAUCUCGAUCCCACCUGCUCCCAUCGUCUCUCCUCCCAAGGAGGUGCUCUCCGUCCUGCAGACUCAGGAGAUCAUGUCCAACGAGCUCGCACUCGCAGCUGUGGCCCAGCCUUCAAGCGACGCCUCGGCCCAAGCAGUAGAAAGGAGCCAGGAGGUGCAGCAGGAGCCCACGACCGCCACGCGUAAGCUGGUGUGCCCGACCUCGGCCCGGCUCGGUGACGUGGUGGGCGUGAGCUGGGACCUCGGCCCCGGAUGCGAGCCCUCGAGCGGGGACUGGAUCGGUCUCUUCAAGCAGAACCAGCCCUCCAACACCCAAUACGUGGUCUACAAGAAGACUGGAGGCGAGAGGCGAGGCAUUCUGGACGUGGCCGCUCCUGGGGUUGGCACCUGGGAGUUCCGCUUCUUCCCCAACAACUCCUAUGACUACGUCAUGAAGAGCAAUCUCCUCAUCGUUGGCCCGCAGCUCGAGCUGGAGGCCUCGUUGGCCGAGAACGGUGAGACGAUCGAGGUGUCGUGCAAGCUGCUCAGCGGCCAGAUGAACCCGCGCGACUGGGUCGGCCUGUACAAGGUGGAGACCUACCACAACAAGGAAUACCUCGACCUCCGAUACGUGGGCCGCGACGCCGGGCCCUGCCUCUCCUUCCCCGCGCCCAAGACCCCCGGCCACUAUGAAUUGCGCUACUUCCCCACCACGUCUUCGUACAACGACGUCGCGCGCAGCAAUUUGAUCACCGUCGAAGAUCGCGAUAUGGUGAUUGCCACCCCGUCGCGCGUGGUGCAGGACAGCGGUGACCAGUUGGUGGCGACGUGGCAGAUCUUCUCGGUCCCCACCUCCAAGUGGGAUUGGGUGGGUCUGUAUCCGCUGGGCUCGUCGACCUACGUGGAGUACCACUACGUGGACCCGACCGGUGAGCCGAGGUGCACCUUUGCGGUGCCCAAGGAGCCCGGCCAGUACGAGCUCCGCUACUUUGCGUCGGCCACGUCUUCGUUCCUGGGCUCGGCCCAGCAGCAGCGCCGCAGCACCAAGGUCACCGUCCUCCCCGCCACUGCCCAGUCGCGGACCACCUUCUAA